AUGAAGUUGAACCCGACAAAGUGCACCUUCGCAGUCACCUCGGGAGAAUUCCUUGGAUACAUCGUCACGAAGAGAGGUAUCGAAGCGAACCCCAAAAAGAUAGCGGCCGUUCUGGAGCUCCCGUCACCAAAAACCACCCGCGAAGUACAACGCCUGACCGGCCGAAUCGCCGCGCUCAAUCGAUUCAUCUCGAGAUCAACGGAUAAGUGCCUCCCCUUCUACCAGCUGCUCCGAGGCAACAAGCGCUUCGAAUGGGACUCCAAGUGCGAGGAGGCUUUCCAGGAACUGAAGCUCUACCUCUCCACGCCCCCGGUCCUUUCGAAACCCGAGCCCGGCGAGACGCUCUACCUGUACAUCUCGGUGUCCAGAUCGGCAGUCAGCGGCGUCCUAAUCCGUGAAGACAGAGGGGAUCAGAAGCCGAUCUUCUACGUCAGCAAGACCCUGGACGAUACGGAAACGCGCUACCCAACGCUGGAAAAGCUAGCCCUCGCAGUCGUCACCUCCGCUCGCAAACUCCGACCCUACUUCCAGUCUCACUCAGUAGUCGUCCUGACGAACCUCCCGCUACGUACGAUCCUGCACAGCCCGACGCAAUCCGGCCGAAUCGCCAAGUGGGCAGUGGAGUUGAGCGAGUAG